AUGAAGAAAAAUACUUUAUAAAAAGCAUAUUAUAACUCAUAAUAACAAAACUAAGAGUAUAACGCUAUUAAGAUUUCUUUAAAAAAAAAUAAUUAAAGCAAUAUAUUCUUUGUUAGAGUUAAUAGAGAUGGUAACAUUAUCAACUAAUCCUAGUUUAUUGGACUUAAUAAAUAAAUAGAAUAAGACUAAGAUAUUUAAGAAGUAAAGAUAAUUAGCAUGGAUGAUGCUUAAUAAUUAAAAAUUGAGCAAUAAUCUAUUUAUGAAACUAUUUUAGAAAGUCUAAAACUAAAUUAAAAUGUUAAAAAAUUGACUUUGCAUGAUAUUUCAAAUGAAAUAUAAUUUUAGGAAUUUCAAGAAAUUAACUUUUUAGAAGAAUUAGAAAUAUAGAUGCAAGAAUAAAACAAAACAGAUUUAGUUUAAUUGGAAAGCUUCAAAUAAGUAAAAAUUUCAAAAAAAUUAGAUAAUUAAAUUGAGGAUGGACAUAAGUCUUAUUUUUAAGAAAUACCUUUGAUAAAAUUCUAAAAACAAUUAAAAGUAUUUAAAUAUAAUUAGAAUUUAUUAUCAAAUGAUCUUAUUUAUUUAAGUCAAUGUAAUUUAUAACAUCUAUAAAUUCUUAACAUUAAAUUCUAAAUAUAUUCGCCUCAAGAUAUUCAAACAUUGAGUUAAGCUUUUACGAACUUUUGUAAUCUCAAUACUUUAGAUUUAAGCAUAAAUUCGAUUAUUAAGGAAGAGAUCAACUAAUAUUUUAUUACUUGGAAAAAUAUUUAAUUAUUGACUCUUUUAAAUAUUUCUUUGCCUUCUAUAUUGAUACCAAAUCUUUUACAAGGUUUUGAUGAUCUUCCUUUACUAAAACGUUUUAGUAUUAAUAUUUUUAACAGGAUAGAUGAGAAUAAUGCUAAAAUAUUGGGAUAAUAGAUAGAAAAAAUAUAAACCUUAGAAGUAUUUAACUUUUACUUAAAUAACUGCUAACUGAGAAACUAAACAACAAAAGAAAUAUUUAAGAGCUUUUAGAAUUAAUAAAAAUUAUAAUUAUUUAUAAACGAUGAGAAUCUCGAUUAAACUACUGUUAAUCAUAUAUUUAACGUAAAAUUUAAGAACUUAUAUGACUUAGAUAUUAAUUUUAAUCAACAACACUUAUCACUUGAAAGCGUGAAAGUAUUAAAGGAUAAUUUGGCAACUUUGUAAAGUCUUAAAACUUUACAUAUAAGAUGUGCCUAAGCAAAUAUAAAUUUAAUUUAUUUAAUUUUACUUCAAAUUAAUAAUCAAAAACUCUCAAUAUAUUUAAACAAAAUAUUAUUUGAAUUCAAUUUAUCUAAAUGUUAUCUUGAGAUAGAUUUUGGAAAUUUAUCAGAAAAAUAAUUUGACAAUGAAGGAGAUUAAUUAUUUUAAUAGUUAUAUCCAUUGUUAGAUUCAAAUUUAAAUCACCUGUCAUUAAAAUUUGGAUAUUUGGACAUAACAAACAAGGGUAUUAAAUUAAUUGCUAAGAGUCUUUUGUUUUUAAAAAAUUUAACUAGAUUGGAGCUUGAUAUUUUUUGGAAUUUUAAUAUUAGUUACGCAGAAUUAGCUGAUAGUAUAUCAAAUCUUAAAAAUUUGAAAAAUCUAAAAUUAAGUCCAAUGAUGAUAAGUUGUAUGGCGAAAAGCUUAUCUCAAAUAAAACAACAACUACAAACAAUAAGCAUAUAUUAGAUUUGUUAAUAAUAUGAGGAUAAAGAUAGUCCAUAAAUUCCAAGUAAAGCAAAGACAGAGCCAGUAAUUUAAAAUCUAUUUAAUGGUCUCACUAAUUUUGCCUACAUUAGACAAUUGAACUUACAAAUUAAUAUUUAAAUUAGUGAAAAUAAUAUUAAAUUACUUAUGAGUUCAUUAAACUAGCUUAACAAUCUGAAUUUAUUGCAAUUAAAAUUUAUUGAAUAAACAACAUCUUAAUCCUUUUUAUUGAAAUUACUGAAAGAAUUAUUAAAUAAAAGAUAAUUUAUAGGAUUAGAAUUACAAUUCGUUUUGGAUUAUUAACCUGUUUAAAAGAAAAAAUGUAAUGAUUAUGAACCUUUUGUUUCUUCCUUGAUAAAAAAUAGAUAAUUAACAUAUCUGAAAUUAUACGAUAUUAUUGAUAGCUCUGAUUUAAAAAAUAUACUUUAAAUUCAAUGUAUAAAAAAACUCAAUAAAUUGGUUGUUUUUAAUUAACCAAUAUUUAAUUGCAAUUAUACUAUCUAUAAUGGAGGAGCUUGA